GGAAUAAAAUGAGGGGAACGGCAAAACUGUUCCUAGAAACAGUGAGUGUUUCAAACUUCGAUUCAUUGUGCGAAGCGCUCAAAGAAGAAUUCGAUAUAAAGUUCAACAGUGCUGACAUACAUCAGAAGUUAAUGCAAAGGCGAAAGAAGUACGACAAGAACUUUUACGAAUAUAUUCUGCAAAUGAGGACGCUGGCAGCACUUGGGUCGAUAGAAGAAGGAGUAGUUAUUCGCUACAUUGUGGACGGAAUAAAGCAAAUGAGUUACAAGCAGAACAGCAGCGGCGCAGUACAAAAAGAAACUACACGAAGCUUGCGCAAAAUGUUAAAGACGAUGAGGGCGAAAAUCGCGCAAAAAGUAGACAUUGUUUCAAUUGGAGGUCAUCUACGCACAUACGCGCAGAAUGGAAGUCAGAAACAAAAUGCUUUAAAUGCAACGGCAGUGGUCACAUCGCAAAAAUUAUGAAUAUCAGAAGAGAACGGUUCACAUGCUAACGAGUGAUA